GAUCUCUCGCAUUUUUCUCACCAUGGUGUCUCACAACAACCAGGUCCCGAAUGCCCAUUUCCACAAGGACUGGCAGAACCGCGUCCGCACCUGGUUCAACCAGCCCGGCCGCAAGAAGCGCCGCCGCAACAACCGCCUCGCUAAGGCUGCCCGCAUUGCGCCGCGCCCGAUGGAUGCCCUCCGCCCGGCUGUGCACUGCCAGACGAUCAAGUACGGUCGCCGCCUCCGCGCUGGCCGUGGCUUCUCGCUCCUCGAGCUGAAGACCGCUGGCAUCAACCGCAACUACGCCCGCACCAUCGGCAUCGCCGUCGACCUCCGCCGCAAGAACUCGUCGCAGGAGUCCGUCGACCGCAACGUCGCCCGCCUCAAGGAGUACAUGUCGCGCGUCAUCGUCUUCCCGCGCCCGGGCAAGGGCCGUCGCCUUGCUGACGCUCCGGCCGACGUCAUCGCCUCGGUCGAUGUCGCCACCGCCCCGCGCAAGCACCCGAUGGCUGUCGUUGACGAGAAGGUUAACGAGGCCCCGCGUGCCAUCACCGAGGAGGACACCAAGUUCUCGGUUUACAAGACCCUCCGCAUUGAGCGCAAGAACCAGCGCCAGCACGGCAUCCGCGCCCGCCGCGCUGCCGACAAGGCCGCCAAGGCCAAGGCUUCGAAGAAGAAGUAAACCAAGUGUCCAUCA